AAGUUAUCAGUUGUGCAAAUGGCUGCUAAAGCUAGUCGUCGUAAGAUUUUGGUGAUAGUAACCCUGAAUCUCACAGCUAUAUCAUGUGGGUUCACGUAUGGACACAUGAGCGGGUUGGUGCGAGCACUGCAGCAGGGAGAUGAGGGCAUAGAGCUCAGCGAAAAUGAAGUAUUUUUGAUUGCAUCCUUCGCAUCUCUCUCCGCCGUAUUAGGCAUCUUGUGCGUUGUGAUAAGCGAUGUCAUCGGAAGAAGAUGGACUUUCAUACUCUUUUCCACACCAUUAGUAUUAAAUUGGAUCGUCCUGUACUACGCUAGAACGUUUUUCGCGUUCAUGAUAUCGAGAUUUCUAGUAGGACUUGCAGUUGGCCCAUUUGCCUUUCUUAAUUUAGUUGGUAUAGCGGAGUUUACCUCUCCCAAAUCACGAGCAAUUUUGCUGAGUUUAGUAUCCAUGGUUUCACCAGCGUUUGGAAACAUUGUCGGCCAUUUACUAGGUGUCAUCAUAAACUGGAGAACAUUAACUCUAGUUGGAUUAGCAGCAUCAGUCAUACAUCUCUUUCUACCAUACUUUUGGAUUGAAAGCCCUCAAUGGUUAGCCUCUAAAGGUAAAUUUGACGACUGUGCAAUUGCAUAUCGAAAAAUACACGGUAGUGAUCCGAGAUCUAAAGAAGAAUUGAGGUUACUAAUCAAAAUGGAGACGAAUAAACAGAAAGCAGGCGUCGAUAUGAAUUUAAAUAGUAGUUUUAACAAAUUAUUAUCAGCUUUUAAGAAAAGAUAUUUUUGGGAGUUAAUAGUUAUGGAUGUUUUUUUAUAUGCUUACUACGGGGCGGCGGGUAGGAUUGCUUUCAGUACGCUGGCAACUGUUGUAUUGGAAGAUUUAACUGGGUCGUCUGAUAUUUUGUUAUAUACUUUUGUGGUCGAUGGAUUUAUAUUCAUAGGCACUUGUCUCUCUUGUGUGCUGAUAAAGAAGACUUCGAUUCGUUUUUUGCUGUUUUCGUCAGGUUUGACAGCGAACGUCAUUUUAAUUUUACUGAGUGUGUGCUUGUAUUAUAAAAAUUCUGAAGUUUAUUUUCAAUGGAUUAUUGUAGUUUUACUGGCUUUUUACUUUAUUAUUGUAAACGCAGGGCCUUAUCCUGUGAUAGAAAUAUUGUUUGGAGAAAUAUUUCCAAUAGAAUUGAAGAUGUAUUGCUGUUUAUUAACUUCGCCUCUUUUCGCUGGAACCAUAUGUUAUAGUAUAGUGUUUUUACCCAAAUUUAUUUCUGCAAUGGGAUACCACGGUCUGUUUCUGAUGAAUACGGGAAUCAUGUUUGUAUGUCUUGGUUAUUUCUAUGCUAAAUUACCAGAGACUAAGGGAAAGACGUUACAAGAGAUAGAGUCCUACUUUAAGACUAAGAAUUUCGAUGUGGACGAGGUUUUGAGUAAAAAUGAACAAAUAAAGACGCUUAUUUAAAAA